UUUUUAUUAGAAAAUACAAGUUUCUUGUCAGCCCGUAGCUUUUUUCUUUUGCGCUGGAUAUAUUUUGAUUUUUUUUAAACUUAUGGAGUGGUUGGGGUCCCGUGUCUUGCGAACCCUUUGGACACCGACUGUAAAUAUAGUAAGAAGUAGAUAUCAUGCGGACAAAACUCGCCUAGUGCGGAGGUAUGGCUAUAAUGAAAAACUUUGGUGCGGUGGAUUGUUGCCCAGGAGUGAAGGGAAACCGUUGCCAUUGCCAGAAUACAGACCUGCAAAUAUGUGGACAGAGCGCAAAGGUCUUUUUGGUCAAAAUGAUUACAUUGAUAUACUGGGACCAGGAAACAUUCACCCUGUGAAGACUUUGUACACAGUGCCAUCUUGGAUAAGAGGUGUUAGUGGACAAGAGUACCAUAUCUUAUUAAGGAAAAAGAAAAUGUGGGCAAAGUCAGGAACCCCUACACAAAGACCUACAAAAUGGAAGGAGAUGCAGAAACGAAUUUCAUACCUGUACAGGAAGCUCAACAGAAAAACCAAAACUGGUCCAUCUCCUGAUUAGUAUCCGCAUAGUAUCUUGAUAAAUGUUAGUAUGUAAAAUAAUAAAAACUACAGUGAAAUAAAUAUGACUACAAUUACAGUCGUUACAAUUU